AUGCGAUUUUGUAAACCUGAAAGUUGAUUAUUUUAAUAAAUGUUUAUUGUUAUUAAAAACAUUGUAAUUCAGAAAUAAAAGUAAAAAUGGUGUCCCGAAGUUUAACUGAAGUGUUUAUACUUAUGAGAAAUAAUGCUAUCCAUAGCCGGCAGAUAUUUACUGAGGCACACGAUUCAGAGCGAGAGGGUUUGAUGCGUUCAAACUCUCGUGAUUUGGAAGGAGGGAUAGAGCUGAAGGCAGAAUCCGGUGCACCACCACCCUGGACUGACUCCUUGGAGGAAGCACACUAUGUUAUCACUAGGUUACGUACCAAGAUAUCAGAGCUACAGACACGUCACGAGCGACAGAUCCGUCGGCCGGCGCUCGACGACAGCACCGAGCAGCAGUACAUCGGCAAACUGACUGGAGAGAUUGGACGGCUCUUCACUCAUGCACACACACAUCUCACAGCUAUAAAAGCACAGGCGUUGAACGGUAACAAAACUGAACAAAAACUGGCAAACAAUGUUGUCCUAGCUCUUGUUACUAUGGUGCAAGAUUUGAGCGUAACAUUUCGUACCGCUCAAUCUAACUACUUGAAAUCAUUGACCUCCCGAGAAGAGAGAUCCAAAGCCUAUUUCGAUCUUCCUAAUUUUGAAGAACUGAGUUUAGGUGAUAACGAUCUACUUCCCGGAUUAACAAACAACCAAACAGAUAUUUUAUUCUCAUUACCGAGUACAUCUCAUAGCUAUGAAGACGACAAAGAUCUAGAUGGAAUGUUCCAGAGGCAAGCAUUAAGUCAAAAACAGAUGUUAUUAAUGCAAGAAGAAAAUACACAAAUGAUUGCUGAGAGAGAGGAAGAAGUUAAUAAAAUUGUCCGAUCUAUAGUGGACUUGAAUGAAGUGUUCAAAGAUUUGGCACAUAUGGUACACGAACAAGGUACAGUGUUGGACCGAAUAGAUUAUAACAUAGAGCAAACGCAAGUCCAAGUACACGAAGGGUAUAAACAGUUACAAAAAGCGGAAAGAUACCAACGAAAAAACAGAAAAAUGUACUGCAUUUUAAUGUUAGCUGCUUUAAUAAUUGUAUUAGUUAUUCUACUAAUUAUAGUGAAGAGUUAAUAUUGAAAGGACUUAUAAAAUAAUGCAAAUCUUGAAUAGUAAUGAAAGUGAGAUGUUUUUUACGAUUCCAAUCUUUAUUGUAUAAGCAAUUAAGUGUAUUUUACUGUGUUCUAAUUUGACCAAGAUAAUUAACUGAUUAACCCAAUUGUGGGGCACUAAUCGAUGAUUAAGGGGGGAUUAGCCAAUAAAGGGGGCACUAACAGAUAAUUAGGUAACGCUAGCCUAUGAUUAGGGGGCGCAAGCCAAUGAUAAAAGGGGUAAGCUGAUGAUCAAGUAUAGUAGUAAAACUAAUUUUUACAUUGUCUCAAAUUUUAUUCCUGUCUAUAUGUCAUCUUUCCAUAUUAAAUUAUGUCCUAAGCUUUUGUUUUGUAAAUAUCUGUCUAUGUGAUUGUCUUUGUAUAUUA